ACCAGCAACGAUGUCGGAAUUUGCACCAGUCAUCGUCAUUGACGGCAAGGGACACUUGCUCGGUCGCUUGGCCAGCACUGUCGCCAAGCAGCUCCUGAACGGCCAGAAGAUCGUUGUUGUCCGCUGCGAGGCCCUCAACAUCUCUGGAGAGUUCUUCCGCGCUAAGCGUACGUCCACCAUCCAUCGCACGAACUCGAUCUACCUCCGCACACCGAACGCUCUUCCGAACAUCAAUCUGGCGGCCAUCUACCAGGCUUUCCUGCGCAAGCGAACGCGUUACAACGCUUCCCGUGGUGGUCCCUGGCACUACCGCGCUCCCUCCAAGAUGUUCUGGCGCACCGUCCGUGGCAUGAUCCCUCACAAGACUGCCCGUGGUGCCGCCGCUCUGGAGCGCCUGAAGACCUUCGAUGGUGUUCCUCCCCCUUACGACCACAAGAAGCGCAUGGUCGUUCCCCAGGCCCUCCGUGUCCUCCGCCUCAAGCCCGGCCGCAAGUACUGCACCGUCGGCAGACUCGGCCACGAGUUCGGCUGGAAGUACCAGGACGUUGUCGCCAGACUCGAGGAGCGCAGAAAGGUCAAGGGUGCCGCCUACUACGAGCGCAAGAAGGCCGCUCGCCGUUCGCUGGCCGAGGCCCAGAAGACCGCCAAGGUCGACGAGAAGGUUGUCUGCUUUAGCAGCUCAAUUCCUACCAUCACCAUUCUCUUCACGAAAAGUCGAAAUCUGCAACAACCAUCAACUCUCACCUACCUUCUUCCUCCCACGCGCAGCAAUCAUCGAACCGGAUCAAUCUAUCAUGUCACUGCAAACAAGAAGGUUCUGCGACGAAGCUAUCAGGAAUUUGCAGAUCGUGCCAGAGGCCUUGCAUACUACCUGAGACGUCAUGGGUAUAAGCGAGUAGGCAUUCUUUGUCCCAACACACCUGCGUUUUUGGAGGCCAUCUUUGGAAUCGCAGCUGCAGGAUCAGUCAACGUCGGCGUCAACUACCGGUUGCAAUCGGGAGAUAUCACUUACAUAUUUGAGCAUUCCGAGGUAGACAGCAUCAUCGUUGAUGCCGAGUUUGUUCAUCUUUUGGACAACUUCAGAGCGGCGCAUCCUGAGAUCAAGAUCAUAGUUGAUACCGAUACGGAUGCUACGGAAGGACAACUUUCUGGUCCGUUCGAUGAAGCGGUCCUCGAAGGCCUGAAAUACGACAUCGAGACUGGUUCUAGAGGUUGGGCAGAUCUUGAACACACUACUCCGGACGAGAACUCUCUGUUAGCAUUGGCAUAUACUUCGGGAACCACGGCACGUCCCAAAGGUGUGAUGUAUACACACAAGGGUGCCUACCUAGCAGCUCUCGCAAACAUUGUCGAGUCUGGUCUUAACUAUCAUGGGUCGCAACGCGCACACUAUCUCUGGACACUGCCAAUGUUCCAUGCUAUGGGUUGGACUUUCCCAUGGUCUGUCACAGCUGUUCGUGGUACUCACUACUGUUUGAGAAAGAUUGAUUAUCCAGAAAUCUGGCGUCUCCUGAAAGAGGAAGGAAUCACUCACAUGAACUCAGCCCCAACUGUGAACACGCUUUUGUGUAACGACCCUAGGGCUGAACGACUAGAGAACCCGGUGAGGGUGACCGUCGCUGCAAGUCCGCCUUCGGCUCAUCUGUUCAAGACCAUGGAGAACUUGAAUUUGCAACCAGUGCAUACGUAUGGUCCCAUCACCAAAGGUUACCACAUGCAGACGUGGAGUCAGCUUCCUGGAGACGAAAAGUAUGCCAAGAUGGCCCGUCAAGGUCAUGGCUUUGUCACUUCCAUGCCUGCACGCGUGAUCAAGACAGACGUUCCAGACGACCAUAUCGAAGACGUCGAGAAGAACGGCAAAGAUAUCGGUGAGAUUGUGUUCUAUGGCAACAUCUGCGCGAAAGGCUAUUACAAGGACGACGAGGCCACCAGAAAACUGUUUGCUGGUGGAGUCUUGCACACUGGUGAUCUCGCUGUUAUGCAUGAAGACGGUGCCAUUCAAAUCCUUGACCGGGCCAAGGAUAUCAUCAUCUCAGGUGGAGAAAACAUCUCUAGUGUCGCUCUAGAGUCCAUGCUAGUAACUCACCCAGAGAUACUUGAGGCAGCAUGCGUGGCAGUGCCCGAUAGCCAUUGGGGCGAACGUCCACUAGCCUAUGUCACUGCAAAGAAAGAAGGCCUUAGAGGUGAGGAAGUAAUUGAUUGGGCCAGGAACCUGAGCAGCAUCAGCCGGUUUAUGGUUCCCAGGGAAGUCGUCAUAGUCGCAGAGUUGCCAAAGACGAGCACAGGAAAGCUGAAGAAGAAUGAGUUGCGAGAAUGGGCCAAGAAGGGGCAGAAGGGGGUG